AUGGUAAGUGCAGUAGCGGUCAAUGUUAGCAAUGUUCGUUUGAGUUCUGAAAGUAGUAACUGCUGUUUAUCUCCAACUACAAUAUUAAAACUGAAACUUCGAUCAAGAUCAGUGUCGAACCAGAAAUUGUGGACUGCGAGUAGUUCAUUAUUUUUCGCCGCAACAACAAUGGCAACCAUAGGUCAAUUCCUAGGCUAUGGUAAUAUAGUGCCAGUUACGAAGUAUGGAAGAAUUGUUUGCGUAAUAUUUGCAUUAAUUGGCGCGCCACUAACUCUCAUUACGAUCGGUGACCUCGGAAAAUUUUUAUCAGAAUGUACUAUAUAUCUUUACAAUAAGAUCAAGAAGGUGCUACGGAUGUCAAAGCGUCAUUUUUGCAAAUUUAAAUUACGAACUGGAGAUAGUUCAAAAUGCAAACAGACUAAAAUUUUCAAUGAAAAUGAAAAAGAGCCAUGCAAUUGGGAUGACCUUGCACUUGAUAAAAUUGAAGUGCCUGUAAUCCUAGUAUUUAUCAUACUGCUUGUAAGUUUUCAUUCCCCAUCAUAAAA